CGCCACCAAUUGGUGGUCACAAUGAGUGGUCACUCGAAGCCUUCCUCCAUGUCUUUAACUGUGUCCGCAAUGCGAGCGAAACGGCAGACAUUCAGCCGAAGACCGGUGAAGGUGUUGACGGAAUCCGGGAAAGACUUCUUCAGACAAUCCGAUUACGAAGAGCCCAUCAGUUCCGGUGGACUCGAGUACAGACCAAAACAGUUGCCGAAACGCAAAGACAGACAACAGUUCAACAGAUAUUUCGACGACGGCUUCACUGAAGACUAUAUGACAGGCGCUGACGAGGAGUCUGUCGAUGACUAUGAAAGACACCCGAAGAAGCGUUCGGUGAAAGACAAACAGAAAUCCAUAAAAAGCGAUAAUAGAUAUCACGGAACCAGAGAUGACAUGAAUGGCAAAAGACGUGAUAAUAGACAGACAAUCAAAGAGGAAGCGGUACUAAAGCCGAGAAUUGUUGGCAUUCCUGUCUACACGAGAUUGGGUGACAAUAACAAAGAGUUUGUCAAAUUAAUGUCAGACAUAAAGUCCAGAAAACAGAGGGAACGACAGAACCUAAUGAUACUCGAAGGCAAGCGGUUGAUAGGGGACGCCAUCAACGCCGGUGUGUCUUUGAAAACCAUUUACUUCUCGAAAGAAGAGAAUUUAGUAGACAUUGAAGGCUUGGAGCAGAUGGUGGCGAAUGGCGUUCAGCUUAAGAAAGUGCUGUUCAGAGACCUACAGUUGUUCAGUGAUGUGGUGAACAGUCCUGGCCUCAUUGCCGUCGCCCAAAGGCCUACCAAUCAGACUAACAGAUCCAAUGGACACACAUUACCACUCAUUCUCAUCGGUGAUAAUAUCAGAGACCCGGGAAACUUGGGAACAAUGGUUAGAUGUGCGGCGGCUGUGGGCGCCAUGAGUCUGGUGCUGACCAAAGGGUGCGCCGAUGUAUGGGAGCCUAAAGUGGUGCGCGCGGGAGCCGGCAGUCACUUCCGGGUGCCGAUUGUGAGUGGCGUUGAGUGGCCGCUACUCUUCAAUUACCUGCCAAUUGACAAACCCUUUGAUCUCUACAUCGCUGAGUCCAACGAUUAUCAGCCAAUGGGUAGGAGUGGUGAACACGAGAUACCCUCGCAUACAGUGAACACAAUCACCAAAACCUAUUCCCAGACCAAAGAAGUGACUGUUUUGAGAGACGAUUCAUACGACGAGAGCAAUGAAGAGCUCGCAAAGUACCGCAACUCUGCCAUCGCUGUCACCAAUUACUGUGAGACCAGGUUUUACACGUCGGGUAUCGAUAGGCCGGCCGUUCUUGUGAUUGGCGGCGAAACUCAUGGUCUCAGCGAUCAGUCAUACAAACUGGCCUAUGAUUACAUCGGACGCAGGCUUAGGAUCCCAUUGUCUGCCGGUGUGGACAGCCUUAACAGUGCCGUCGCCUCCGCUGUCAUUAUGUACGAAAUGAAGAGACAGUUUCAUUGCCUCCAGAAGUGUGUGCAAAAUGAAUGCAUUCAACAAAUUGUUUAGAUUUGUACCUAGUAGUCAUUUCUAAUGUCAUUUCUAUCAUUUGUAGCGAACAUUAUAUUGAUUGCGAGAUUAAAAUAUAG